ACUCCCUGCAAUAUGGCUCAGCGAAUAUCCCCCCAGUCCUCUACGCUCUUCCUCCUACUGCUCUCUAUAUUUCAGCAAACCGAAAUGAUGUCCUCCGACUACAGCACACCAAUUGAUACCCCUGAAGGAGCGCCGCCUGCAGAGACCAAGGAGCAGUCUACACCCUCGACUCUCGUUGAAGGAGCAGCUGUCACAUUGGUCAAGGAGGGGACCAAAGACGAAGGCGUUCACUAUUCCGCGCAGUUGAGGAGCGACUGGUGUAUCGGUGUCGUCCCGCACGGCGGCUACCUAACCACCGUCCUGAUCAAUGUCUCAACGCACUACUUCAUCCACUCCAGCGUCGCCAAAGCCCUCGACCAGCCGCACGCCAUCCACAGUGCGCUCACAUUCAUAACGCGCUGCUCGAUCGGGCCCGCCACGAUCCACGUCACGCCACUGAAGCUGGGCCGGCAGUACUCGUUCGUACGCAUAGUCCUGCGCCAGAACGGCCAUGUCUGCAUCGAUGCCACCAUAACGCACGCAUGCAUCUCACGGGAAACCGGUGCGACGCUGGAAACGCGCGGGAUGGGCGCGUAUCCUGACCUUCCGGACCGCGUACGGGACUGCAAGGAGAUGCGGUUGUCACAGGAUCCCUCCUUGGUUUUCCGCGUUGCCACGUCGAAGCUGAAGUAUUGUUUCCCUAUAGAGGGGAAGUACGGUUUUGGGCGUGCCGGGAUGGGGCCGAGCAUCAGGGAGCAGUGGGUGGCGCUCGAUGACGGCUCCGGCAAACGGUUUGGCGUCGCAGAUUUGGGCUUCUUGUGUGAUAUGUUUAUUCCCAUUCCUGAGAACUAUCCUCAGACAAAGCGGCUACACUGGUAUCCCACGCUGUCACUAUCGCUAGACGUUAAAGCGCUACCGCCGAAGGAAGGGUGGGAAUGGCUGUAUUGCCGUAUUGAGAGCUCGGUAAUCCGCGGUGGCCGUAUGGAUAUAGACGUAGUGAUUUGCGACGAGGACUCAAACAUCGUGGCGAUCAGUAGACACGUAGCAGUUGUCGUCGAUUCCGCAAGGAAUACGGCGAAACAGGCGCCGGUGGCAAAGUUAUAAGUACUUGGCUACCGGUGGGAGCGGAAUGUAUAUACAUUAGCUUUGGUUUAUAUGAAAUGGAUACCCUAUAGAUAGACAGCAAUGAUACUUGCUAUUUGGAUUGCCAUGUUCUGGCUCGCCGUUGUUUCGGACGUUGUAUCGAUUAUGG